AUGCGGAGAGCUAUGAGGACAUAUUACAUUAUUUAUCGCACGAGUCCGAACAUUUAGUGUGUACUGGCGCUGUGUAUUGAUUUCGUCUCGGAAUAACAGCUCGCGAAUCCAAUUUCUAAAAUGGAUAUGUAAAUAUUGGAUAAAAUAAAGUAAUUAUGCUACAAGUAUUGGCAUUUUUGUACCAUUACUCCGUUUCGAUUACGUCAAUAUCUAUUUUCAUAACAUUGCUAUGCUAACAAUUAUUACCGAUAAUUAUAGUACUGGAUAGUGUAUUCGUUCGUUCAUGUGCACCGGUGUGGAUUUUACUUCUGUCAGUGUAAAUUAACAACUGUAUAUAAGUUAAUUAAUGGUUUCAGUCUUGUGUUAAGUUUAUUCUGCGUAACCGAUUUUAACAACCGCUAGGAAAGAUAAAACGAGAAACUGGAAAUACUACAAACAAGGGUGGCAACUUUAUGAGGUGUAGUGGUGUAGGCAUACAGCGGAGGACUCCUUAAACAGAGGUAAAAUUCAGCAGCUUAACCAAUCAUUGCACAGUUUAGAAAGUCAGCAACAUGUCAAACUUGAUCUUCAACCACAUUAUUAGAACAAUGUUCGUCGUAGACAACCCUGUCUGAUGCCGGCUAUUGACCGAUUACUACACUUGAGAGGUGACCAGCUGGCUCUCUAAAGAUGUACAAUGUACCUUACGGCGACGGCAGAAAUUUCCAGUCAUGGCCGUCUCAACAACAACAACAGCAACAACAAACUGGUCCGCCCCAGCAACAGCAACAGCAGCCCCUCCAACAGUCAAUAUCUCGCCAGCAACAACAGCCGAAAGGCACGGAUUUAACUUCUAAAGGGCUUUGGGUGGAUGUUCCUAACGAAGAAGACACAAUGCAUCAAAUGACAGUAUUUAAAUCGUCAAGUAAGAGCCAUUUGACACCACCAUUAGAUCUCUCGGAGGGCCGUCGUCAAGUGGAGAGUCCGCUUGAUUUAUCUGUAAAAACUAGAAAGCGCUGUGCGGACACAACCGAAUAUGGCGAAAUUACAAGACACAGUGUCCUCUCCGAAGCCACUAUGGCUAAACGUCUCUGUGUAACAAGAGAUUACGCGUACCCUCAGGGACAUCCCAAUUUUAACCUGGAAACGCCAUUCCAUGGGGAUUCAAUGGCAAGGAAUAAAAUUAUACAGAAACAACUAGCCAUGAAUAAAUAUCCUACUGCUUUGCACAAAACAAGUUCUCAGACUAGUCCGUCUUCUCUCGCCACCCAGCAACAGUAUGCCGAUAUCCAACGACAACAUUUGACUCAGCAGACGACAAGACAGCUCCAUCUGGCUCAAAGUCAGAAGCUUAGAACUAGUCAGUAUGGUAUGGCAGGUGCCGCAGUUUCACAACAAAUGCAUUCCGCAAUACAGAAAAGUCAUGUGCCAUAUGAAUCAAUUGCUACGGUAAAACGAAGUCCACAAAGCAUGACGGAAUCGGUUGCUUUAAAGGGAUUCUUUGAACCAACUCAAAAGGUCACGGUAAAUGCAAAUAGCACACAGCAAACCGGCCACAUUUCCCAGCAACCUGCUUAUCCAAGACUUCCGGCAGAACAACGCAUCGUUGGACCAACGAGUAGGAUCUUAACGGGUAAAUCUAGCGAACUCGGUGAUUUCGAUGACCGUAGCCGUCAGUUACCGUAUCCGAACACAACUAUGUACCAAAGACAAGUACCGGAAGUAAACAGAAGCUUCAGCGGUCAAACAAGUACAGUCAAUGAUAUAGAACUGAUGCAGCAGAAGACGAUUCAAUAUCAGAGACAGAUACAAGCUCAAAAAUCUCGGGAACAGCUUGCGAUGUUGUCACAGAAAAUGAUGACACCUCAGGACCAGCAGAAAAUGGCCUAUUUUAUGCAUGACAUGCAAAAACAAGCCGAAAGUCGCGUGUCUCAGACUCAGGCAGCGACACAAGGCCUUUACGGGAGUCGAGGACAACAUUCGCCCUAUACGCAGUCCAGGCAACCCGCCUCUGCUACAGCCUCAUAUCAGGACAGCUUGCGGAAAGAAAGAGGUGAUUAUUCGUCGCAAGCAAGGUGUAUACGAGUUGGUCAGCCGGUCCCUUUAUCCGACAUUCACCAGGAACACUCACAUGCUCUUGAACAGGUCCAUGCCGUUCAAAAUAGACCAGAUUUAAUCGCACAGCAGCAGAUCGUUGCAGAAACAAAUAAAUAUAAUGCACGUAAUAAGGAAACGUCGUAUCCAAGUCAACAAGCGAUGUUAAAUGUGGCCAGAAUGCAGCAUACAAUCCGAUAUGAACCGCCGCCCGUAAGAUAUGGAAUUCCGAAGGAAACAAACGAGAGUUCAGCAAACUAUAUGGUUAGGAAUGAACCAAACAGUGCAGGACUAGCUUUACACCAUCCGAGUGUUAUUCAAAGACCGCAAGGAUACAUUCCACCCCGCGUUGUAAGGGGAAGCGGACGAGCAACUGAGUCGACGGCUCAUAGAGUCUCCAGCGAGUCACAGCAAAUGCAGCGCUUUGACUACAGUAGUGACCAAACUAACAGAAUUCGGCAAGAAAUAGUGGCAGCAAGAGAUAGAUCUUAUUCUCAGAAACAUGACAUGUUGUCCGGCAAAGAAGUUAUGAAAAUCCAGCAAAGAGUUGCGGAGCAAAGGGGUGACGCUAGUUUCAGUGGAGCUGCUGCGCAUAAUAAGAAUUACACAAAAACAGUUCAACAUAGAGACGCAAGUGAACAUGCACAAAGUGCAUUUCCCGGGUCCUCGAGUAAAAAUUCAGUAAGGCGAAGGUCUUUUCAGGAACAGCAGGGUCGCGACCCGGCUGAUUAUUCUCGCAGUGUUUCUAGUGAUGGCCAUGAGAGACGACAUAGCUUUUCAAAAAGUCCAGUCAGUCCUAACUCAGGAUCUAACACUCAAAAGCAUGAUGUAGGUGGCGGAAGUGAACGUCAAAUGAUCUCAUUAAAGACCUGUCCGAGUGAAAGGUCUAUAACAAAAGGAACAAGUGGACUUACCAAAGGUUCGUCCGACAUGGACCCUUUUAGUCAGUUCCUUAUGAGGGAACUCAAAAAGACUGACGAUGAUAAAUUAGUAAAUCCAUUCGCAAAUAGAUCUCUUCUUGAAGAAUUUGAUAGAUCUGCAAAUUCAUCACCUGUUCAUAAAACUGAUAGUGCUCAACUGGACUUAUCUGUUAAGAAAGAAAAUAUUGAAAGUUCUAAGAAAAUUGGCUCGAAGGAAACUUCGAACAUUGACACUAAUGUUACUAAGAGCGAAGAUUCUUCUUACACAGUUCCAUUACAAAUAGCCAUACCGGGACACAAAGUAAGCCCACCUACAUCAACAGCAACAUCAUCUUCUUCAUCAUCUUCAUUAACAUCUUCAUCAUCAUCAUCAUCAUCAUUUUCAACAGCUAGAUCAAGUGUCAUUGCUAGUUCAAAGACUGAAAAUAACUCUUCUAAACAUCCAAAACUAAUGUCGCGAAAACAAAUGAUAUUAAAUGCGUUCCGACAGGAAGAGGAAGAUCUCAAAAAUACUACUAAUACUGUAAAUAUUGAUCAAAAUGAAAAGGUUCCAAUGGAGAGUGCAAAGUACGCUGCAAGAAAAUCUGACAAAGAAUCAAAUCAGCACGGUUAUCCCUCGUCCCCAAAAAUGCCCAUUCUUAGUCCACAGGAACGAAACAGAAAUACGCCUCUUGUAAGUCCUGCGGUUGGCGAACCGCCACAUUUAGAAGAUUCGUCAAGAACAGGUCAAGGCAGUGACUCUUCAAAAAAGGAAAUAAAUAGCCUAGAAGAACAUUUACAUAGGUUAAUAUCAGACGCGGUGAAAGGUUCAGUCAACAAAGACAAAGAAUCAGUUUAUGAAACGGUACGGAGGGAACUGAGUUCUCAACCGCAAGGUAAAGUGUUCUUGUCGCGACAAUUAUCACAGACUAAAAACAUUCCUGUUGCAAAUGUAGCUCCGAUAGUUCACGGUAAAGCAGUUGCAGACGCUCUAGAAGGGCGAGAUAAGAAUGUGGCUGGUAAAAUAGAUAGCGAUUUUGACGAAGAAGACGAUAAAAUGGCGGAUAUAGUCACGCGAUCUCUGUUCGGGGACCAGGUGCUUUUUGAUAAAGAAUUCAAACGCAGUGAAACUGACAAUAAUGAUUCUGUCCAAGUAAAACAAGAGCUUGACACUGAAGGUGAAAAAUCAGAUUCUAAUUUAAGUUUACCAUCUUUUAAUGCUGAUUCAUUGUUUGAUGAAAAUAGCAAUUCAAAGCGUAUGUCUCCUGGUCUGAAGAAAUUAAUGCUGUAUAGGCAUAGAGACAACUCCAAUAGCGGCAAUGAAAAAAGCAAUGGAAAGAGUUCAAUGAUGAAUAAAAAGAGCAAAAGCUGGCCUGCUAUGGUGAAGAAUGAACCAGUAUUAGAACGCGACAGACAAAUUAAAUCUCUAAAAAGUAAAGGAAGAAAUGUGUUCGGAGCAUUUAGUGAAAUUGUUGCUCAACAGUCUAGCUCUGAAAUGGGGCCUGAAAAUCCUGGCGACAGUGCGAAAGGUUUACGCAGAAGUACAGAAACAGCUCUGCAGUGGACCCAGUAUCAUCAAGAUGAAGCCGAGAGUCGAGAUAUAAUUAUGGUGUCAAACACAGAUUACGACGGCGACGACGAACAGGCUCGAGAAAAUCAAUUACAAAGAAAGAAUAAACAUUCAAAUACGAAACAACAGGCCGAUAGGUUGAUCAAAAAAGCCAGGCACCGCAGGAACAGCAAACAAGAAGGCGACCUGCGUUCCCGGCAUGCAUUCCACGUGAAGCGGAAGUCCUACAAGGGUUUUGUAGACUUUAUGCCACAGGUCUUACCACGACGAACACGAUCUAAAUCCUCGGGUAAGGCGUCAACAACACACAGGCGAAAAGCAAAAACUGGUAGCCCCGCUCGUAGACACAGCAGACGUUCUUCUAGCCAUGAAGCGAAAACAGGCGGUUCCCCACAGAAAACAAGACAACGACGCGCGAGCUCGCUGGAUAGAGAAACGAAAUCGAGGCUCUCUAAAUUGAAAACCAAACAAACAUGUUUUUCGGAUAAUGAGAUCGAAUCGGAUAAAACAUUAAAACGUGGUUCAAAUCUGCAUGGCAACGCGGUAGAUUCAGACGCUACUUGGCAUAAUGAGGAUGAAAGUACAGACGAGGACUAUUUUCAGAACUAUGAAGAUGAAUUUAAACAGUUUAUACGAAAAAGUGACAGUAAUCUCAGAUUUAAAAAGGCACCGUCAACGAAAAAGAAGAAAGGAUUCCACUUUAAACAGAAAUAUAUCUUUCAAAGAAAGCGUAGAGUUAACAAAGGUAGAGGGAGAGGCUUUGAUCCAAGUACGAGAUUUGGUGCUCGUUUAGACGCAAUUUACAGUUUCCAUGAAGAGGGUCAAGAGCUAGAUCAGUUUCAGGACACCCCAGGAGUCCUGUAUCCCCAUUGUAACAUUCCGGCGCCGGCUGAUCUUAAACGUGUAACUGUCGGCAAGGAUUCUGGUCAGACCGUGCUCCACAGAGCAGCGAGAAUGGGACUCGAGGAAGUUGUUCUUUACAGUCUUGCGACUGGUUCCGUUGAUGUAAAUGCUCGUGACAAUGCUGGGUACACCGCUUUACAUGAAUGUGCGUUACGAGGCCGGGUGCAAAUUGGCAAGCACCUGCUGACGUACGGAGCAGACGUCAAUUGUUGCUCAACUGACGGCAUCAGACCGAUCCACGAUGCUGUUGAGAACGAUAACCUUGAGAUGUUGCGGCUGUUACUAUCAUACGGAGCUGACCCUACGCUGGCCACGUACGCAGGAAGGUCGCUGAUAAAAAUUGCCCGCUCAGAACGCAUGCUCAAAUAUAUAAAACGGUAUAACUGCGAUAUCAAUGGAUAUGCCACGGACGAAGAAGAAAAACCUUGGCAGUUCAAAAGAUCUAGUACAGUAUUAGAAAGUGAAAGCGGAAGCGGAUGUGCAAUAUUUGACAAUCUCCCGUCCGACCCAGAAGAUGAGUCUCAAGAUCUCUGUACUUUUAGUUCUAAGCCACUCUUCGUAACUAAACGCUUGACUCUACAACCUAAUAAAAGGGUUGAAGACUUUCUGUUACUGGAUGAUAUUCUUGAUAGCUACAAAAUAACUGGAUUAGAAUUUAUGUCACAUGGAACAAGUUCUGGUGUUCGACAUCUAAUCAAGCAGCUUCCCCAAAAUACUUUGUUAGACGCCCAUCAAGACAGUAUAUAUUUUGAAAAUUUUAAAUCUAAAGACGAGAAUGCCUCUGUUGAAGUCAUAAGAAAAGUGGACUCUACACAGCUUAUAGCAAAACUUGAGAAAAAUAGUGCAUCUAGUUCCAAACGUGCUAAAGUUUAGUUCAUAUUACCUUGCUAAUGAUGGGGUUACGCUGGUUUUACAAUACUGUACUUUAAAGGCCGUGUAAUAAGUUUAACUUGGUUUUUUUUAAUCAGCGGUCUAAUGUACAUUCUUUCUGUUGGAGACUAACGCUUGUAGAAAUUAUAGAAAGGUAUAUAUAAAGGGUGUGUAAAGAAUUCGGUAAAUAUAAAGGGUGUGUAAAAAAUUCGUUCCUGUACUGACAGUAUAAAGGUAUGCAAAAACAUGUAAAAUAUCUAGACAUUGUCACGAUAAAAUGAUAACAUAUUGCCGAUGCAGAAAGUUGGCUAAAUUUUAGAGUAUUUCAAAGGAGUAAAUAAAAGUUACGUCAGUGAACUAGGUUCAGAACCAGUCAACUUUUUAAAACAGCCGAACAUGACGUGGACUAUAUGUUGCGUAUCAGACAUUUGAUAGUAAACACCCAAUUCACAACCUGCUUACCCAAAACAGUUUUUUGAUAUAUGGCAGUGCAUCUUUAUUGCACGACCAGAGCCACGUGAAAUUAAGUGAAUAUGACCAUUAUUUACAAUAUUACAAGAAAAAAUGUAUCAAAGUCAAUUCCAUGAUUAUAGGUGGUCAUUCAGAAGCACGGCAUUUCCAUUUCCUUUUUUAUACGAUUAUAUAGUUGAUUGUUUAAUUGGAACGAACUUUUUACGCAUCAUUUGCAUGUAAACAAUUAAAUCGAUGUUUUAUUGCGUCGUUAUGAACGUGUGCAUAUAUGGUGUCGUCAGUUAAUUACAUUUACUUUUUUUGUGACAUCAGUAUAAAAUGAAAUUAGAAUGGGUACUAUCUACUAAAACAAUGAAAUCAAAUACAUGGAUAUAUAUUUCUCCCGCACGGGAUCUUCGUGAUGUUGUAAUAAAUGGCUAAAAUGUGUUUGGCAGCUUGAGAAAUAGCAAAAUCGAAUGUUCUACAGAAAUUUGGAAUUAUUUCUGCAGUGAGGACGUGUUGAGGUUUGCAAACAGAUUCGCGUUAGUUAGAUAAAUAUGGAGAUAAUUAUCUGGUUAUCGAGUUAAAUAUCUGCGAUGUUUUCCUGUAAGAUAAAUAUCUUAACGCAAACAAUUACUCUAAAAGUGCACAGAACUGUUACCAGUGUUGUAAUUACUACCUUUGAUCAAUAAUUAGUAACUAGCGAAGAUUCGCGUUUUCACUUAACUAUGCGAUUAACGCUAAAAGGUUCGUGUUACCAGUCAUUAAACAGUCGGAAUACCGUGGACAUUCUCUUUUACGAUAAUUAGCAACACGAAUCUUAACUAGGUAAGAUUCUUGUUGCUAGUUUACCUAAAAUACGAGUAUGUCCAGAAUAUUCCGAUUGUUCUAUAUUUGGUAACGCGAAUCUUUUCGCUUUAAUCAUUAGAUAUGUGAAAACGUGAAUUUAACUAGAUAAGAUAUCAAAAAAAAAAAAAAAAAAAAAAUAAAAAAAAAAAAAAAAAAAAAAACAAUAAAAAUAAAAAAUCAAAAAAAAUCACAAAAAACAAAAAAAACGAAUAUGUCCAGAGUAUUCCGAUUUUCCAAUAAUUGUUAACACGAAUCUUCACUAGGUCAGAUUUUUGUUGCUGGUUUUCGAAAAAGCGAAGUUUUUUCGGGAAAAAAUCACUUUACUGAUAGCAGUUCUUGGCACUUUUUGGGUAAUUAUCUGUCUUAAGAUAUUUAUAUUACUGCAAAAAAUAUCGCAGACGUUAAGGAGGUUAUUACAUAAUUGAAUCGAAAUUUAUCUAGCAAACGCGAAUAAGUUCGCGAACUUUGACAGUUUUAUCUUACAGCGAUAUGCCACCAAACCUCUUCGAACUAAAUCAUGAAUUUCUUAAGAUCUGUCCCAUUGGAAAGUGAUAAAAGCCGGAUUAUGUGAAGUUAAAAGCAAAUAGGAUAGUGAUAUCUAUAUUGAUGUUACAAAGGGUAUAUUUCAGAAUCCUGCCGAAACUUUAAAACUACCAUAUGUAAUCGAUAACAUCCUGUAUCAGCAGUUCUUUUGCUGAUAAUAUGUAGAAUAUCAAAUUUCAGCCUUUUACGUCAUAAUAGAAACUAGUCUUUGUCGCGAUAUUUGGCUACAUGCCAAGCAUAUUACAGAAAUUUUUGUUAGUUUUAAGCACAUCCAGAUAGAACAGUUUGCUUAAAGACUGCUUAUAGACUUGAUUGAUUGAUAGAGGCUGUGGAACAGAGACACAUUGUGUUCAUUCACACAUGUAUUGAUAUACAUGUACCUAUAGUUUUUAUUGUUCAGUAUUCCAAAGUCUUUGCUGGUUGAAGACUAGAUGUUGAGAAAAAGGGGUGUUCCAAAAGAAGUUUCCAGUACUCGAGUACGAACAUUUUUUUUAUAUUAGUAAAAUUAUGGGUUGCUUUAAAAGAAGUUGGCAAACUGGAAGUGUUGUCCUUCUUUUUGAUGAUUAUUGCAUAGAUUAAUUACAUUAAGUUAGUUUCGUAAAUAUGAUCACUAUGUUUAAAUGUUACAUAUUUUUUAUUUGGGGAGUUUAUAGUAUUCAUGUCUUAAAGACAAAGGGUUUUUAACUUUUAGCUGCAAAGCUUUGCUUGAUAAAAUCUAGAACUAAUUUAUUUACAAAAAAGAAGUUUUUCUUUGUUAGCUUUGCACAUCUAUUUUUAUACACUUUAGUUUUUUUGCAACACCCCUUGAAUUAUAUAUAUAAUAUGUUUUUUUAGUUUUUAUAGUGGGCCUAAUGUUUCAUUAUAUUAGAAUUGUUGUUUAAAUUUUGUGAUAUGAUUGUUUAGUGUGCUACAUCUGUAAUAUCUUCUUUUGUAAAUAUUUUGUUAUGUUUUACAGAUCUUUAAAAGAUUUUUAGUUUGGAGAAUAGAGUCACGUGCUCAGAAUGUUUUUUUUUUAAAAAAAAAGGAAAGCAGAAUAAAUCCGUUAGAAAAUAUGAGAAUAAUGAUAGUAAUAAAAUAUCUAAAUUGUCAAUGGGAUAAUCAGCGGUCUAUAUGACAAUAAAAUAAAAUAUCCAUUUAUGCUUAUUAAUACAGGAGAUUUUUUAGUUUAGAGAUUAUCUGUCCACGCGAUUCUAAUGGCGCUGUGUUUCAUUUCAGGAUUACCAUUUUCAGGAAUCUAAUUAUGCCUCCCACACCACUGUGGUGGGAGACAUAUUGAUUUACUCCUGUCUGUGUGUCCGUGUGUGUGUGUGUCUGUCACAAAUCUUGUCCGCACUCUUAAGUCGAACAUUUCUCAUCCGAUCUUCACCUAACUUGAACAAAAUGUGUUUGCCAAUAAGUCCUCGGCCAAGUUCGAUAACCUGCCAAAUCGGCCCAAGCACUUCAAAACAAGGCCCUUGAAUUACCGAAAAUCGCUCUGUACACAGAUGCCAGUAUCCGCACUCUUAAGUCAUUGGUGCAUGGUUGAUGCCAGUAUCCGCACUCUAAGCCAUUGUUGCAUGGUUGACUCAGAUACAUAACUAUUCAGAUGAUUAGGCAGUUGUGGGAGACAUGCGCUUUUCUCAAAAGCAGCUCGAUCUAGUUUUGUAAUUAUUUACAUUUCCUACAUCAAUAUAAACAUGGAUAAAUGAAAUCAAAUGAAGCAUGCAUAUAAUGUUACAAAUAUGUUGUUAAUGACGUCAUUAUGUCAAAUAAUUAAUUUUACUAUGGCAUUUCAAUUUAUCGCGUUCAGUUCUUUAAUCAGUCUACAGAGGGCGGUCUGCGAAAAGGUUUUCAUUUUUACACGCCUUCGUUUGGCACUUACUUCAUUUUAUACUAAUUUGUUUUGAUUGUAAUGAAAGCUUGAAGUUCAUUUGAAUUACACGCGAAUCCACUUCAUGGAAAAAUCGGGUCGCUCUUUCUACUGAAAAUGCAUCUUUUAUAUUAGGGAUUAUUACAUGCUUUGGUUCAAAAUAGCUAAUCAGCCAGUCUGACGGGCAGUUUUAUAUUGACUUUUAUGGGGCUAAUCGUUUUAUAAAGUAAUUUCUUACUUUCCUUUAUGAACACUAAGUCAUGCUGAGGGAGUUCGUGGCUAUUCGGAACACGUAAAGUUGUUAUACAUAUAUAAUUAUGUUACACAUAUAAGUGGUGUCACUUUUUUGUAAAUGGUAUCAUAAAGAGAGAGAGAGGGAGGGAGGGAGGGAUAGAGAAAGAGAGACGGUAACUGAUUAACUAAUGUGAUAAGGAAUUAUUGUUCCUUAAGUUAGAGAUUUUAGACCCAUGGGAACAUUUUUUUCAAAGUAUGAAAGAAAUGCAACAAUCCAUUAUUGAUUAUCCAUUUUUGAUAAUGAUGUAAGCGGUCAAUGAAAUAGAACUUACGGAAAUUCGCGGAGAAUUCCGAUGUUACACGAUAUUUACCACUGCAUUUGUUAUUUUGUCUUAUAACUACAGUGCUGUGGUAAAAUGUGCUUUUUGUACACGUAGAAUAUUGACUUAGUCUGUGAGUUAGAGCUAAUACUUACUGUUGUUAGAAUGAGUAUUGAUAUGAGGAUGUCUGACAUCAGAAAUAAAUAUUGAUUUUGUAAAUCAUUA